AUGUUAUGGCUGUCUAGAGAAACACGUCACCACCGAGAAGAAAAUAUGAAGGUGACAGCCCUGCUCAUUAUCUGCUCCUGUCUGAUCUCGGGGAGUCUGGGGAAGCCGCAAUUCCCUGAGAAAGAAAAGGACCCUAAGUUUUGGAAUGUGUGGGCCCAGCAGACCCUGAAAAACGCCCUGACUCUGCAAAAGCUCAAUACAAACAAAGCAAAGAACCUCAUCCUCUUCCUUGGAGAUGGGAUGGGCGUUCCCACGGUAACAGCUGCUCGAAUCCUGAAGGGUCAGCUGAAUGGACAGAGCGGAGAGGAGACGCAGCUGGAGAUGGACAAAUUCCCUUUUGUGUCUCUGGCUAAGACAUAUAACACGAAUGCACAGGUGCCAGACAGCGCUGGCACGGCCACAGCUUACCUCUGCGGGGUGAAGGCCAACGAGGGCACAGUGGGCGUGAGUGCAGCUGCUGUCCGAUCCCAGUGUCAGACUGCAAAGGGGAACGAGGUCACCUCCAUCCUCAGAUGGGCUAAAGAUGCAGGAAAGUCAGUGGGAAUUGUGACUACAACGCGUGUCAACCACGCAACUCCCAGUGCAGCUUACGCCCACAGUGUGGACAGAGACUGGUACUCGGACAACGAGAUGCCAGAUGAAGCGCUGCAGGCUGGCUGUAAGGAUAUCGCCAGGCAGCUCUUCGAAAACAUUCCCAACAUUGAUGUAAUUAUGGGUGGAGGCAGGAAGUACAUGUUCCCCAAAAACACGUCAGAUGUGGAGUACCCUAGCAUGGCGAAGCACAGCGGCACACGCAAAGACGGCAGAAACCUGGUUCAGGAAUGGAUUGACAGAAUGAAGGAUAAAAAAGGCCAUUAUGUAUGGAACAAGAGUCAGCUCUUAUCACUGAACCCUAACAACGUGGAUUACUUAUUGGGUCUCUUUGAACCUGGGGAUCUGACAUACGACUUGGAGAGGAACAAAGAGAAUGACCCUUCACUGACAGAGAUGGUGGAGGUGGCCAUCAAGAUCCUGAGGAGGAACCCCAGUGGAUUUUACCUGCUUGUGGAAGGGGGCCGUAUUGACCAUGGACACCAUGAGGGAAAGGCCAAGCAAGCUCUGCAUGAAGCUGUGGAAAUGGACCGGGCCAUCGGCCAGGCAGACCUCAUGACAAGCAUCCACAAUACAAUGACCAUAGUUACUGCGGACCAUUCGCAUAUGUUCAACUUCGGAGGCUACACACUCAGAGGAAACACAAUAUUCGGUCUGGCCCCCAUGAUGAGUGAUGUUGACCAGAAGCCCUUUACCUCCAUCUUAUAUGGGAACGGACCAGGUUACAAAACUGUCAGUGGUGUGAGGGAGAACGUGUCCACUAUUGAUUACCAGGAAAACAACUACCAGGCCCAGGCAGCUGUACCUCUAACCAUGGAGACUCAUGGAGGAGAGGAUGUUGCAGUGUUUGCUAAAGGUCCCCUCGCUCACCUACUCCAUGGGGUCCAUGAGCAGAACUACAUCCCCCACGUGAUGGCUUACGCAGCCUGCAUCGGCCAGAACAGGGAACACUGUAUGUCAUCCAGCGGGACCACACCCCCUUUACACCCCGCCCUCUCAAGCAUCGCAGUCCUUCUGGCAGUUGCCCAACUUCUCUGCUGACUUACCUCUGACAACAACACAUUUUGAUGGACAAAUUUGACACUGAAUUCAGAAGCAACUGAAUGUAUAGUUAGCGAAACAGUAAAAAAAAUAAGGAUGCGUCUAACCCUGUGCAUAGAAAAAGCACUGAAAACCUCACAUAACAUUUUGUCCAGUAAUGGAAGUUGUAAACUCUCUUGACCAAUAAAAAUGUGUUUUCUGAUAA